UGAGUACUAAAGGAGGCGCUUCGCCGCCAUCUUGGAUUUUUUUUUCUUUUUUGUAGACCAACCCAUCACAAUUAACUGCGCAGGCUACAAGAGGUGUGUGGUUGUUUUUAAACGACGGAGGGUAUGACCGGCGGGGCCGACUUUCACAAGGGCUACAGCAACAAGGACUCGGAGCAUAGAAUGGAUGUGGACCUGGACUCGAGUCACCUGGAAAGUGAGCGGGGGGAGCUGGACAGCAGCCUCCCCGCCGCCUGCUCCUCCAACGGCAGUGGCGGGGAAGAGGACGACGGGGAGGCCGUUGGUCGCGCGAGAGGAGCAGGAGGCUCUAGUAUGCAGCACAACCCGGGAGGAGGCGGCGGCAGGGAGCAGGAGGUGUCGGUCGAAAUAGGGGAGACGUACUUGUGUCAAAGAGCCGACAAGACGUGGCAUACAGCAGAGGUCAUUCAGUCCCGACUGAAUGAGCAGGAGGGCAGAGAGGAGUUUUACGUCCACUAUGUAGGAUUCAACAGGCGCCUAGAUGAGUGGGUGGAUAAGUCCCGUCUGGCGCUUACGAAGACGGUGAAGGAUGCAGUGAGAAAGAGCACGGAGUCCGGAGGCGUCGGCGAUUUGGGAGACCAGCCUGAAAGGAAGAUCACCCGGAACCAGAAGCGCAAGCACGAUGAGAUCAACCAUGUUCAGAAGACAUAUGCAGAAAUGGACCCAACAACUGCUGCACUGGAGAAAGAGCAUGAGGCGAUCACAAAAGUGAAGUAUGUGGAUAAGAUUCAGAUCGGAAACUUUGAAAUUGACGCCUGGUACUUCUCACCGUUUCCAGAAGAUUAUGGAAAGCAGCCCAAACUAUGGAUCUGCGAGUACUGUCUUAAAUACAUGAAGUAUGAGAAGACCUUCAGACAUCACCUGUCCCACUGUCAGUGGAAACAGCCACCAGGAAAAGAAAUCUAUAGAAGGAGCAACAUAUCUGUGUAUGAGGUGGAUGGUCGGGACCAUAAGAUAUACUGUCAGAAUCUUUGUCUACUAGCAAAACUAUUUCUCGAUCACAAGACGUUAUAUUUUGAUGUGGAGCCGUUUAUUUUCUACAUUCUUACUGAAGUCAACAAACAAGGAGCACACAUUGUAGGGUACUUUUCCAAAGAGAAGGAGUCUCCAGAUGGGAAUAAUGUGGCCUGUAUCCUCACACUCCCACCCUACCAACGCAGAGGCUAUGGAAAGUUUCUUAUUGCUUUCAGUUAUGAGCUGUCCAAGCUGGAGAGUACAGUCGGUUCUCCAGAGAAGCCUCUGUCAGAUCUGGGGAAGCUGAGCUACAGAAGUUACUGGUCCUGGGUUUUGUUAGAGAUCCUAAGGGACUUCAGAGGAACACUAUCAAUCAAAGACCUCAGCCAGAUGACUAGCAUCACACAGAGUGACAUUAUCAGUACUCUGCAGUCGCUCAACAUGGUGAAAUACUGGAAAGGUCAGCAUGUUAUAUGUGUGACACCAAAACUGGUGGAGGAACAUCUAAAAAGCGCCCAAUACAAGAAACCACCAAUCACAGUGGACACCACAUGUUUAAAAUGGGCGCCACCUAAAAAUAAACAAGCCAAGCUGUCCAAGAAGUGAGCAGUGAUCCCACAGCUGUCUUUCAACCAGCAUCUGUAUAUGGUCGAUCAACUUCCACUUUCCUCCUCUCCUUCUGUCAUGUGCAUAUUAUUUGUAGCAUCUGUCAAUAUUUUUUUAAAACAUGUUUUUAAAAACA